UGCAACCAAUCAAUUACAAAUAAACAUAAAAUCAUCUUUAGUAUUUUCCUUUGAAUCUUGAUCAUGGAUAUCUCAACAACAACAAGACCAAAUAAACUUCUACUAGACUUGUCUCAAAGAUUUAAUCAAGUUUCAAAUGCUGACUCAUCAUCAAACCAAUCUGAGUUGUUCAAAAAAACCGACAGAGCUGCAGUUCUGAUUUGUUUAUUUCAGGAACAAGAUGAUGUUUAUGUCAUUCUAACUAAACGAUCGUCGAAACUGUCGUCUUAUUCUGGAGAAGUGUCAUUGCCAGGAGGUAGAAUGGAUGAGGACGAUAAAGACGAUAUUCAAACCGCGUUGCGGGAAGCAAAAGAGGAAAUUGGGUUGGAUCCUGAACUUGUGGAUGUUGUUACAGUUCUUGAACCAUUUGUAACCAAGAGGAACGUUACUGUCGUUCCAGUGAUUGGCAUACUAUGGAAUAAGGAAGCAUUCAGCCCAUCUCCAAAUGCUGAAGAAGUAGACUCGAUAUUCUAUGCUCCUUUCGAAAUGUUUCUCAAGGACAGAAACAGACGACAAGAGGAGAGGGAAUUUCAAGGAGACAAGUACUUGCUUCACUAUUUUGAUCAUGUAACAAAUAACAAAGAAUACAUAAUAUGGGCUCUAACUGCGGGGAUCUUGAUAACAGCUGCAUCCCUAGUUUAUCAAAGGCCGCCAGACUUCCAGUUGAAAAUGCCUAAAUUCUGGAACCGAAACUACAGCAAAUUCUGAUGUUGAUAGAAUCAAACUGUCAUAGUCACAGAAUUCUAUAUCGAUCAACGUGUAUUCACAUAUGUAGAUCCAAUGUAUAACGUAUGAUAUAGGAAAUGAGUGUAUUUUGGGAUGAGUUAUAUUAUGAGAGGAAAUGUAUUCAAAGAAUAAUAAUCUAUUGUACUUAUUUUGAAUGAAA